CCGCCAGCGAGGGGAAAGAGACACGAGUGUGUAAUCUGUUUUAAAAUAGUCCUUGAAAUGCGCUCAAACCUGCGCUUCUUUUUCCCGACACCCGGUGAGUGGUAAAGCUCACGCUGGGUAAUCUGUGGUACUUUUACGGUGGUUAUGUUUCUUAGUUUGAGGAGUUCGUUCCUGACUAGACGGCACACAGACCACUCCUUUGCGGAAGCACACACACUACUCCGCUCAGACAGACGGGGGAACUUUUUCAGCGCUGCUGAGAAGUGCGCUUUUUUUAGGUGCUGAAACACGAUUUUUUUCGUUUUUGUAAACUUGGACUCGGCAUUUGCGGACUUCGGUAAAGUUACCUGUUGACCAGAGGAUUUAUAAAAGAAGGGUCGUUAUCUCUAUGACGAGGAUUUCAAAGAGGAGAUGGGGAUACCCAGGCACGAUGUCGGGCAGAUUUUACUGAUUCUGAGCUGGGUCUGCGUCUCGGAGGCUCUGCAAUGUCGAGGAGUGAAGGAGCCCUGUAUCAAUGAUGGGAAAUGCAUUCCCUACAACAACGGCACUGGAUACUGCAAGUGUGCUGCAGGUUACCUGGGGGAGUACUGCCAGCACAAGGAUACUUGCCUGCCCGAUACGUGCAGAAACAGGGGCAACUGCACAGCGACGGUGUCGGGGGGCGUGGUCCGUACGGCCUGCACCUGCCCCCUGGGUUUCUCCGGGACCAUCUGCGAGACCCCCCAGCCCACAGCCUGCUACCCGCAGAACCCCUGCCACAACCAGGGCACCUGCCGUCUCCUGGCCCUGGACAGAUGGGAGUGUGUGUGUCCGCGCGGCUGGACAGGCAAGAGCUGCCAGCGUGUGGACUCCUGUGCCUCUCAGCCCUGCCAGCACGGAGGCACCUGCUCCGCCCUGCCGAGGGAGCGCUUCACCUGCAGCUGCCUCCCCGGCUAUACCGGGCUCACCUGCCAGACGGACAUCGACGAGUGUGCAGCCAGGCCGGCAGUGUGCCAGAACGAUGGACAGUGUGUGAACGUGCCAGGGAGCGCCCGCUGCGAGUGCCGGCCGGGCUUCAGCGGGAAGCACUGUGAGAGGGUCUAUGUGCCCUGCGCACCCUCCCCCUGCCUCAACGGGGGCACCUGCCGGCCCACCAGCGAUGUCUCCUAUGAGUGCAGCUGCCUGCCAGGUUUCAAUGGGACGGACUGUGAAAGGAACAUUGAUGACUGCCCGCAGCACCGUUGCCAGAAUGGGGGGACCUGCGUGGACGGAGUGAACACCUACAACUGCCAGUGUCCCCCGGAGUGGACAGGUCAGUUCUGCACAGAGGAUGUGGACGAGUGCAGGCUGCAGCCCAACGCCUGUCAGAAUGGAGGGACCUGCAGCAACCGGCAAGGCAGCUACAGCUGCGUCUGCGUCAACGGCUGGAGUGGCGACGACUGCAGCAAGAACAUCGAUGACUGCGCCACUGCAGCCUGUGCAGCGGGGUCCACAUGCAUCGACCGCGUGGCAUCCUUCGUCUGCAACUGCCCCGUGGGCAAAACAGGUCUCCUGUGCCACGUGGCAGAUGCUUGUAUUAGCAACCCCUGCCAGGAGGAGUCGAUGUGUGACACCAACCCCCUAAAUGGGCAGUACAUCUGCACCUGCCCCUCAGGGUUCAAAGGAGCCGCCUGCACAGAGGACAUCGAUGAAUGCACCAUGAACUCUAACCCCUGUGAGCACGGCGGGCGCUGUGUGAACACGGACGGCUCGUUCCGCUGUGACUGUGCGCUCGGCUACACCGGGCCGCGCUGCGAGGCUGACGUCAACGAGUGCAUCUCCAUGCCCUGUCAGAACGACGCCACCUGCCUGGACCAGAUCGGAGAGUUCACCUGCAUCUGUAUGCCAGGGUUCAUCGGGCUGCACUGUGAGGAGAACAUCGACGAGUGCCAGAGUAACCCGUGCCUGAACAGCGGCAGGUGCACCGACCAGAUCAACAGGUUCAUGUGUGACUGCCCGCCAGGCUUCAGUGGUGUGGUGUGCCAGGUGGACAUCGAUGAGUGUGCGAGCACGCCGUGCCACAACGGAGCCAAGUGCAUUGAUCGACCCAACGGCUACGAGUGUGACUGCGCAGAGGGGUUCACUGGCUUGCUGUGUGAGGGGAACAUCGAUGACUGUGAUCCGGAGCCCUGCCACCACGGGCACUGCCAGGAUGGCAUUGCCACCUACACGUGUGUGUGUGACCCGGGCUACGUGGGACCCAUCUGCAGUGAGCAGGUCAACGAGUGCCAGAGCAGCCCCUGCCAGAACGAGGGCCGCUGCAUCGACCUGGUCAACAAGUACCAGUGCAACUGCCUGCCAGGCACCUCCGGUGACAACUGUGAGAAUAACUUUGAUGAGUGUGCGAGCAGCCCCUGUGAAUAUGGGAUCUGCAAGGAUGGACUGAACCGAUACGACUGCGUCUGCACUCCGGGAUACACAGGCCCAAUGUGCAACAUCGACAUCAACGAGUGCGCCUCGAACCCAUGUCACAACGGCGGCACGUGCUUGAACGAGCUCAACAGCUUCCGCUGCCUGUGUCCCGAGGGUUACCGGGACCCCAUCUGCUACUCCGAGGUGGACGAGUGCGUCAGCAGCCCCUGUGUCCAUGGUAGCUGCAUGGACGACGUCAAUGGGUACAGGUGUGAGUGUGAACCUGGCUGGGCAGGGAUGGACUGCGAGCUGGAUCGCAAUGAAUGUGAAUCGAACCCGUGUGUCAAUGGAGGAACCUGCGCUGACCUCACCAACGGCUACAGCUGCACCUGCAGGAAGGGCUUCAAAGGGUCUAACUGUGAGAUUAAUAUCAACGAGUGCGCCUCGAACCCGUGCUUGUACCAGGGGACCUGCAUCGAUGGAGUCAGCAGCUACACCUGCCAUUGCUCACUGCCUUACACAGGUGUGAACUGUGAAGUCAUCCUUGCUCCCUGUGACCCGGAUCCCUGCACCAACUCUGGGAUCUGCCAGGCGUCUGCUGACUACUCGAGCUACUCCUGCCUGUGUGCCCCCGGCUGGCAAGGUCAGCGAUGUUCACAAGACAUCAACGAAUGUGUCACCAACCCCUGUAAGAAUGGCGCUGUGUGCCAGAACAGCCAGGGCAGCUACCAGUGCCAAUGCCGCCCUGGGUACACCGGGACCAACUGCGAGACCAACAUCGAUGACUGCACGCCAAAUCCGUGCCAGAAUGGGGGCUCCUGUGUGGACGGCGUUAACUCGUUCUCGUGCUCCUGCCUGCCGGGGUUCCACGAGGCCCACUGCCAGACAGAGGUGAACGAGUGCGACAGCCACCCCUGUCUGAACGGAGCCACCUGCAACGACUAUGUGAACAGCUACGCCUGCCAGUGCACCCCGGGCUUCAACGGCAUCCACUGUGAGACCAACAUCCUGGAGUGCACAGACAGCUCCUGUCUCAAUAAUGGCACCUGUGUGGACGGGAUCAACAAGUUCAGUUGCCGCUGCCGGCCGGGCUUCGCGGGCACGGUGUGCCAGUACCAGAUCAACGAGUGCGACUCCCAGCCCUGUCAGAACGGCGGCACCUGUAUGGACAGGCUGGGCACCUAUCGCUGCUCCUGCCCUGCGGGCUACACUGGCAACAACUGCCAGACCUUGGUCAACCUGUGCGUCACGUCUUUGUGUAACAACGGGGGCACCUGUGUGCAGGUGGGGCAGUCCCUGCGGUGCGAGUGUCCCAGUGACUGGACUGGCCUGUACUGUGACGUGCCCAUGGUCUCCUGCAAGAUGGCUGCUUUUCACAAACGUGUCAGCGUUGAUCAGGUGUGCCAACACUCUGGAACAUGCAUCAAUACGGGCAACACCCACCAGUGCCAGUGCCAGGUGGGCUACACCGGCAGCUACUGUGAGCUGGACGUGGACGAGUGCGCCUCGAACCCCUGCCACCAUGCCGCUCGCUGCCAGGAUCUGCAGGGGGGCUACCUGUGCCAGUGCCUGGCUGGGUACCAGGGGGUGAGCUGUGAGUACGAAGUGGACGAGUGCCAGUCCCAGCCCUGCAGGAAUGGAGGCACGUGCUUCGACCUGGUGAACCGAUUCAGCUGCUCCUGCCCUCCCGGGACACACGGGCUGCAGUGUGAGAUCAACGAUGAUGACUGUGCUCCAGAUGCCCAUCCCAGUGGGGGGCCACGCUGCUUCAAUGGAGGGCAGUGCAUCGAUGGGAUCGGGGGCUACACCUGCAGCUGCCCCCCUGGCUUUGCUGGCCAGCACUGUGAGGGCGAUGUCAACGAGUGUCUGUCCAGCCCCUGUGACCCCAAGGGCAGCCUUGACUGCGUCCAGAAAACCAACAACUACACAUGCAAGUGCCGGGACGGCUUCACAGGGCGUCACUGUCAGACUGUCGUGGACCUGUGCCAGCUGAACCCGUGUCAGAACAGUGGGGCGUGUUCUGUUGACCUCAACUCUCCACUUGGCUACGUCUGCCACUGCCGCUUGGGCUUUGUUGGGAAUAACUGUGAGUAUAACCGAUGUGGGCAGAUCCGCUGCCAGAACAAGCAGGUUUGUGUGGAGACCUCGUCAGGUCCACUGUGCCGCUGCCCGGAGGGACCCGAGGGAGCUCGGUGUGAGAAUAUGGGCUGUGCCAACCGACCCUGCAGGAACGGGGCCACCUGCCUAGCCCAGCCCCAGCCGCCCUACUACCAGUGCCAGUGCCCGGAGCACUUCGACGGGCGCGACUGUGACAUCUACUCCCCCCAAUCUCCCCGGGUACCCAGAACAGACUGCCAGAUCCCACAGUGCGCCCACAAGGCUGGUGAUGACGUCUGCGACACGCAGUGCAACACCCACGAGUGCAGCUGGGACAGCGGGGACUGCUCCCUGCACUUCCCCUCCCCCUGGAAGCUGUGCCCCCCCGAGCUGCGCUGCUGGGAGCUGUUCAACAACGACAUGUGUGACGAGCAGUGCAACACUGCAGAGUGCUUCUUCGACAGCUACGAGUGCCAGAGCAGAGGCAGGACCUGCAAGUAUCAGGAUUACUGCAUCAAUCACUACGCUGACAGGCACUGUGACCAGGGCUGCAACACAGAGGAAUGUGGCUGGGACGGGCUGGACUGCUCGGAGGACGCGCCCCAGCGGCUGGAGGCCACACUGGUCAUCGUGGUGCUGCUGCAGCCGGAGGAGCUUCUGGAAGAGCUGCCCCACUUCCUGCACACGCUGGGCACGCUGCUCCACACAAACCUGCGCCUCAAGCUGGACCCCCAGCACAGGCCCAUGCUGUACCCCUACUACGGCAGGGAGGACGAGGAUCCCACCCACAGCAUGAGCAGGGGCCGGCGCUCCCUGGAGCUGGAGAGGGAGGUCGUGGGUUCUAAGGUGUACCUGGAGAUUGAUAACCGCCAGUGUGUUCACAAUUCCAAUGACUGCUUUUCCACAACGGACCAGGCUGCUGCAUUCAUAGCUGCUCAGUCAGCCAAGGGCAGCCUCCCUCUCCCAGUCAUCUCCGUCUGGAGCCAGCCGGAGGAGGAUGACAGUCAGAAGCACUACCUGUACCUGCUGACCCUGGUGGGGGCUGUAAUCCUGGGGCUCCUGGUCCUGGGCGUGGUCGUGGUGAAGAGCAAGCGCAAGCACGGCACGCUCUGGGUCCCCGAGGGGUUCCUGCCCAAGAAGGACCGCAAGCGCCGGGAGCCUGUGGGCCAGGAUGAUCUCGGAAUGAAGAACCUGGUGACACCACAAGAUGAAGAAAGCAUGAUGUAUGCCAAUCAGAAUGAGCGCUGGCUUGAUGACCGGCCCGAAGCCAAAAAGAAAAAGACUGAGGACCAGGCCUUCCUCCCUGAAGGCGAGGGGACGGUCGACCGCCGGCAAUGGACGCUUCAGCACCUGGAGGCGGCCGAUAUCCGCGUGACCCCCUCGCUGGCACUGACUCCCCCGCAGGCCCAGCAGGAGCUGGACUGCAUGGACGUCAAUGUCAGGGGACCAGACGGCUUCACCCCCUUGAUGCUGGCAUCCUUGCGAGUGGGUGGUCCCGAUGUGUCAGAGGAGGAGGAGGAGGAGGACGACUCUGCUGCCAAUGUAAUCACAGACCUGAUCUGCCAGGGAGCCACCCUGGUGGCGCAGACGGACCGCACCGGCGAGACCGCGCUCCACCUGGCAGCCCGCUACGCUCGGGCUGACGCUGCCAAGCGCCUGCUGGACUCCGGAGCAGACGGCAACGCCAAGGACAACACAGGUCGCUCGCCACUGCAUUGCGCUGUGGCAGCCGACGCACAAGGAGUCUUCCAGAUUCUCAUCCGUAACCGAGCCACAGACCUGGAUGCCCGUAUGAACGAUGGCACCACCCCGCUGAUCCUGGCCGCUCGCCUCGCGGUGGAGGGCAUGGUGGAAGAGCUCAUCAACUGCCAUGCUGAUGUCAACGCCGUGGACGAUCACGGAAAGUCGUCUCUGCACUGGGCCGCAGCUGUCAACAAUGUCGAAGCCACGCUGGUGCUGCUGAAGAAUGGAGCCAACCGCGACAUGCAGGACAACAAGGAGGAGACCCCUCUCUUUCUCGCCGCGCGGGAGGGCAGCUUCCAGGUAGCUCAGGUGCUGCUGGAUCACUUCUCCAACCGGGACAUCACAGACCACAUGGACCGGCUGCCCCGGGACAUUGCGCAGGAGCGCAUGCAUCACGACAUUGUGCGGCUGCUGGACGAGUACAACGUGGUGCGCAGUCCUCACGGGGCGGGGGGACACAUGGUGGGCGUCAUGUGUGGCCCCAACGGUUCCUUCCUCAGCCUGCGCCAAGCCCCUCAGGGGAAGAAGGCAAGACGCGCCAACACCAAGACCCCAGGCAGCAACCCCAGCCUGGGCAAGGACCUGAAAGAGGUCAAGGGCCGUCGACGGAAGAAAUCUCCGGGAGAGAACAAGGGCCACCUGUCGGAGAGCUCAGUUACCCUGUCCCCCGUCGACUCCCUUGAAUCUCCCCACGCCUACAUCUCAGACAACAGCUCCCACCCACACCUGACAGCCCCGGGGGCGCAGCAGCAUCCGCAGCACACCCUCUCUCUCGCUAGCCUGAGUCACGGCUCCAGCACCAUACUGCCCCCUGUCAGCCACAUGCUGUCCCAGCACGGCCUGGGCAUAGGGAGGAUGGGCCAGCACGGCCCCUCAGAGUGGAUGGGGCUGCCCAGCUCGGGCUACGGCCACAUGUUCGGGGUCCUCCACCAUCACCAAGCUGCGGGUUCUCACCCCAGCAUGCACCAGCCCAUGAAUAUCACCAUGGCGAGGGAGCAGCUGCCGUCGAUAGUCUCCUUUCAAAUGAUGCCAAACUCAGCCAGCCAGCAGCUUGUGAAUCAGCAGCAGCAGCAGCAGCACAGACCUUCUCCGCAUGCUCAGAACCACUGUGCACAGAACAUGGGCGGCUCCCUGUAUCAGGGCUCUGAUAUGGGCCAUCCUGCUGCCCAGAUACCCAACAACCUGAUGCCCCAGCAAGAUGGCCAGAGGGCAGCAGCACUCCCUCAAUACCAACCCCUUCAGAGCUCUGUGGAUAAAUACCCCACCCCCCCAUCGCAGCACAGCUACCCCUCCACCUCGGAGAACACGCCCGGUCACGGCAAGCAGGGCCCGAGCGAGCACCCCUACCUCACCCCCUCGCCAGAUUCCCCAGACCAAUGGUCCAGCUCCUCCCCCCACUCUGCCUCCGACUGGUCCGACGUCACCACCAGCCCCACCUCCAUGAGCCAGCUGCAGCCCAGCGGCGCCCACAUUGCCGAGCAGCAGAGGAGCAGCAUGCAGGCGUUUGCAUGAAGGAGACUCACACUUUAUAAGCAAAUGAAGGCUGGGAGAUGAAGAAGAAGAAAUGAACAAAGAGAUCCAAAGGCUUGUGUGAAGCGAGCUGCAUCUGCUUCCAGACAUGCUCUCUAGUCUUAAUCAGCUGGUUUUAACUUCAGUGUGCGAGUCUUUUUGCUUUUGUUUCUUCAGAAGGAUGUUUUCUGAUGUCAAAUUCACCGUCUGCCUUUCUCUUAUAAAUGGAACAGCUAGCUGGUAUUUUUAAAAAAAUUAUUUUUAUAUAUAUAGAUUUCAAUAUUGUGGGUAUUCUUAAUAAUAAUAAUAAUAAUAAUAAUAAUAAUAAUAAUAUCAGUGAGUAUUGCACUUGCUGUAUAACCAGCCCAUCAGAAAGGUUUAUCCUGGCUACACACCACAGGAACCAUUCUUGGUUCAUAUAGACUCCUUUGCAGCUAAAGAAUAAAAAGUUCUGUUUCGGCCAAAUCUAAAAUAAUAAUUUCUAAUUAACUUUUAAAAUGUGGCAAACAUAUGAUUGGUUUUGUAACCCCUGGAGACCACACUACAUUGACCCAGAACACACAGUCCAGUCCCUCUCUGGAGGGAUUCCAGGCCAGGACAGCCAAGGGGUGCUCCUCCGAGGACACAGGACAGCCAAGGGGUGCUCCUCCGAGGACACAGGACAGAAAGGGAGGCUCCUCUGAGGACACAGGACAGCAAGGGGUGCUCCUCCGAGGACACAGGACAGCAAGGGAGGCUCCUCUGAGGACACAGGACAGCAAGGGGUGCUCCUCCGAGGACACAGGACAGAAAGGGAGGCUCCUCUGAGGACACAGGACAGCAAGGGGUGCUCCUCCGAGGACACAGGACAGCAAGGGAGGCUCCUCUGAGGACACAGGACAGCCAAGAUGUUUCACACACAAGCUGUUUGUUUCCAGGAUUUCAGGGUGUGGUGGGGUGUGAUGAACAGCUGCUGGAAUGAAACAUCUUUCCUUCUUUGUUUUCUUGCCUUCAUGAAGAAACACAGUUAAAAUGUUGGAAGAGUCCAGUAAAUAAAAAUAAUUGAUCACAAGGACACAGACUUUGCAGAAACACUUUGAAGGGUUUCGUGUCUCUUGCUCUGGUACUUACAAUGGAAAUGUUUGCUAUAUUUUUCAUACAUGUUUUUGUAUAUUGUUUCUUUCAGUGUAAAUGGUUCCAAAGUUUUAUUUUAGAUCAUUAGAAUGAAACAAUGUCACUUUGAAUGAUUUGCAUUGUGAUUAGUGUGAUAGCCCUUUUUAAGCUGUAUAAGAAGAAUCUUUUUCAUGCCAAAUCACUAGAACCCUUGCAUACUGAGGUGCAGGCAUGAGGCUUUCAAGAAAGAAAACUAAACACAAAGGUUCAAAUCACUUUAUUUAGCAGGUCUUUCAUUGCUGACAGCCAAAAUGCAAAUGAAAGUGCAGUACUGAAGUCGUGACGCUGCAUCUCAUUGUCUCGGCAGUACUGAAGUCAUGUGACGCUGCGUCUCAUUGUCUCGGCAGUACUGAAGUCAUGUGACGCUGCGUCUCAUUGUCUCGGCAGUACUGAAGUCAUGUGACGCUGCGUCUGAUUGUCUCGGCAGUACUGAAGUCAUGUGACGCUGCGUCUGAUUGUCUCGGCAGUACUGAAGUCAUGUGACGCUGCGUCUGAUUGUCUCGGCAGUACUGAAGUCAUGUGACGCUGCGUCUCAUUGUCUCGGCAGUACUGAAGUCAUGUGACGCUGCGUCUCAUUGUCUCGGCAGUACUGAAGUCAUGUGACGCAGCGUCUCAUUGUCUCGGCAGUACUGAAGUCAUGUGACGCUGCGUCUCAUUGUCUCGGCAGUACUGAAGUCAUGGGACGCUGCGUCUCAUUGUCUCGGCAGUACUGAAGUCAUGUGACGCUGCGUCUCAUUGUCUCGGCAGUACUGAAGUCAUGUGACGCUGCGUCUCAUUGUCUCGGCAGUACUGAAGUCAUGGGACGCUGCGUCUCAUUGUCUCGGCAGUACUGAAGUCAUGGGACGCUGCGUCUGAUUGUCUCGGCAGUACUGAAGUCAUGGGACGCUGCGUCUGAUUGUCUCGGCAGUACUGAAGUCAUGGGACGCUGCGUCUGAUUGUCUCGGCAGUACCAGCAGUGAAGGGGGAGUCUUAGAAUAGCAUUUAGACAAUCAUUACUAUGCACUUAUUGUGUGCAAGUUGCAGGAACAGCAGUUCUGUCUUGUGUGUCCCUGUGCAUUGUUGCCAUUCCACAGGAAGUAGUAGCAAGAGUCCAGUGCCUGUGCAGUCCCACUCAGCCCCUUGAGGAAGAACAAUGCGCCAAGCUGGCAGGGGCUUCUACUUCUACUUCUACAAUACUAAUCAUUAUCAUUGGUAUUGUUAGAAACCAAAAAAUGCUUUGUUUGUUCUUGUAAAGGAAUGCUGAUAUUGUAAUUAAAGUUUAAAAAUGAAACAGCUUUCACUGAAUCCACACUUGAAAUAUUACCCCACAGAAAGGGUUUGAAUUGAAACAUUGAACUGGAACAUAUUACCAGUGACAUGCUUUUCAGUGAUUAGCUCAUUAAAAGGCAAAGCCAUGCGUCAGAUCCAAGGCCCACAUCACAGUGCAUGAGUUCAUGAAGAAGGGUUUUGACGAAUUUAAACAAGUUUUUGAUGAAUACAUGAAGUUUCAUUUUCACAAAAGUUAUUUUUUGUUGGUAUCUUUAAUAGCAGCUGCGCAUACAACACAGUUUAUUAUGUGAAUUGAAACCUCUUUGGGCUAUGAGUUAGGACCGGGUUGAAAUGGGGAUUACAGCUCAGCACUGCGGCGCGAGGCGCUGGAGACGCAGUGAUUUUCACAAGGACACUGAAAUCUCUUCCAAUGUGGGGUGGGGGGGGUGGGGGGGUGUUCAGGUUACAGGAUUGAAACUGUACAGUUGAACCUGUAUUGAGGAAUCGGACCUAGAGAUCUGGCUAAAGGAAGGUGGAGCAGCUAAUCCCAGUUCUGGGAGAUGUUUUGUUCUGCUGAUGUUCUCUCUGUGGCAUCCCUGUUUGGAACAAUGUUGUAAUGAUAUAUUUCACAAAAUGCAAGUCCAAGUUCACAGAAGAGGAUGCGUUCACUUCAGUAGUCUUGUCAUGCUUACAUAUGUAAUAAACAGCUCCUAAUAUUUUGCAUGUAGCUGUGUUUACUAAGUGCUUGUUCAUGUUAUGUGAAGUAGUUUUCUCAUUUAAAGUAGAAGGAAGUCUUGUUUUGAAAUAAAGCCUGUCUCGAAUGAA